GUAGGUGUCAAUUUCUUGCGGGCUGCCGUACACUUUCGGGGGAUCAGCCAGUUAAGACCUAUACUAGGUCUGACAAAGACAAGUCCUCCGGAGUAGGGCUAGAGGGACAGGCGGAGGAGAAACCGAAGAAGAAGAGGCCUAGCUUGGUCCAACGAGCACGAACGGUGGCGGACAAAAUUCAUAAUCAACCGCUCAGGAUCAUGGGUCUGCUAGGCACAGGCGGGAAGAAUAGGCACUGGGCCGUGGCAGUGGCGAAAGUCCUAUUCUCAAGAAUCAACGACGGCACCCUGAAAUUAUGGCAGUCACGCAUACCUGACGGCCAUGUGAAGGACAAGAGGCUAUACGCCAAGAGGGUUUUGAAUAUGGUUCGACUCUGGGCCUACAACGAGGUAGAGACCACAUCCCAAGAACCUACAGAUGGGAAGAGAACCGACGACGAAGACGACACUGAGGUAGCGGAUUGCCACGAUCGCGUGGAGUGGGCGGGUCACGAUCACCUUGCUCGAGAUGCUUUUUCCAAACUCAUAGUUUCCGGCCAUAUGGCUGCAAGCAUCCGAGCGGGGGGAGUGUGUCCCUUCUGCCUAUACCAUGAAAUCAAAGGCGACUCUGUGCCUGAGACAAUCACCUUCGACGAGAGAGAACCGCGAAACAUGACUCCAGACGACAUGUUCGAGCGUCUAGCAGGAGGUCCAGUCAACAAGGGCUGGUUGGAGGCAGCGGCGCUGGCGCACAAUAAAGAGAUGCACUCCACGAAUGGGAACAUUGAUACACUGCACGGUAGCUACCCUAGCAGAACAGAGGUCAUCAAACACUCCCGUACCAUGUUCUGGGAUAAGGAGACCGUCCAAGUGGAGCCUGUGCCCAGACCAGGGCAAAACAUAAACCGCCUAAUGCGCCACCUCCCCAGGCUGUAUUACAGCAGAGAUAUUGGGGUGGGCCAUCAAGCUUCCACCAUAGCAGGGACGCUGCACCAGUUCUUUGGAGAUGCGGGUGACGUCUCGCUUGUAGAGGACAACCUGGGCAACAAUGUGUUAUCCAGCAGUGUGAGGACGAGCGUGGAGGACAUACCGACUGAAGGAGGAGGCAGAGGAGUAGGGAACGGGGGUAGUCAAGAUACAUCCCACGCAGAGGACCAAGACCACACGAACGCAGGGACAUCAGCGAUCGUGGACACUGGAGAUAGCCAAAUCAACGAGGUCCGUACGGCGUUGAUAAUGCCCGGGGCAGGUCUAGGCGGAGUAGAGGGGGAGGUGCGAUGUACCCAGUGUACACGGGAACACGAAAGAGAGACAAUUAACAGCACCUCCACUGGCAAUGAGAGUUGUGAUAGAAGAAGACUCAUAAAACAACUCAAGUGGAUAGGUGUAGGUGUAGACACACGCAGAAAUCAUGGUGCGCUAGAAAGGACUGGUGCGGGGGAUAAGAUGAUAGAAGCUGGAGUUAACCCGCAGCCGUCAACCCCUGGACUCAUCAAUCCCUCAAAGGGAAUCUAUACAUACGGUUUCCUGGCCAACACCACCCAGCUAGCGACUGCAGUAGAUAGGGCCGUCGCUGGUGAGAAUCACGACUAUCGAACGUUGGCACUGAAAGUAGAUCUUUACGACGAGCUACGUGAGAUUAGGGUGGUCCAACCAUCGGGUGUGGACUAUGCGUGGUGUACAAGGGGACCGGACGAUCAGGUCGCCGAACGGCCCUACAGGUUAAGUUUAUCCACGCUCGGUGACUGGCAUUACGAUGCCAUUUUUGUAAAUACUGACGUGUUAGAAUGGAGCAUUAGGCAAGGGGGAUCUAUCAGGGUGGGGGGGAAUAACGGGGGACGUUGGUCCCUUAAUGAUCCGGACAUCAAGUUCAUACCUGUGGGAGAGAACGGAGAUCCCUUAUUGUACGGACGCGACAUGUGGAUUUUAAGCCACCUCAAGUACCCACUAAUGUGGGUUCUAGACAAAAUGGAAAUGCAGGUGUUGGGGGAAGAAGGCCGUAGAGAAGAGUUUUUCAUAAGGACUGCAGGCCUGGUAGAUAUACACGAACCUGCGACGAAAAUCAUCUUCGUAACCCCCACGAAGACAACUGACACCGUGACCUUAGCGGGUCGCGAGUACCCCGUAGUCACGACGAACUAUAAGGGGGAAAUGCCGCAGGGUAGGGACAUACCAGCUUAUGAUAUGGAUUGUACUAUAACCGAUAUGCUGCAUAGGGCCUUAGAGUCUGCAUAUCCUCUGAGGGUUGCCUUUGACGCGUAUACCAAGCCGUAUUUCCCGAAGGGCAUAAACUGGCAGGAGAUUAACUCACUGUCGGUGAUGUUAACGGUAAGGUGGCACCAAAAGAUAGAGGGUGUCCACAACGAUGAGACCACGACAUACAUAGGUGCAUCGAGGAAUGUGUUAGAAGCUAUCGGUUUAAAGCCCAACGAUAGUAUAAAUGAGAGAUCCUACGGGGGAUAUGGGAGUAAAAACAGCGUCAACGGGAUCGAUCAGAGAUUUGUGCAAAGGAGGACAGCCAGGGAGAAUUACUCAAUAUUGCUAGGCAACUGGGGCAACAUGGCAAGCCUAGCAGUAGCGACGGGCUAUGCUACAUUCGACACUCGCAAUGUUGAGAAACCAAGCGCCACUAGAGCAAGGUGCUUCAGCGGAGGGAUAGACAGAUUGAGCCGCGGAGCCUAUCUAAGGAAAGGCUUUGAACAAUUCAAAAAAUCGGCAGCCCAUACCGAGCGGAUAGCCUUCCCCGGCGAGGUAGAUUACUCACUGAACUAUUGGGUGAAUAUCAUCAGUGGAGCAGGGGGUGAGGACAAAGGAUAUACAACAGAAUGGUUUGCCCGAACUUUCCUGACGCCACAUGUAACCUGGAAUUGGAAUAUGAACAGCGCAGCUAGGACUGGGGGGAUAGCCACGAUGACAGGGAUAAGAACGCCAUCAUCGUGGAUGCGAACCGUCGAGAAUACCGAGUGGUCGGAGUUCAAAAUUUGCGGGACUAGUAGGUCCGGGAAUGACGCCUAUGCACUCGACGAUACGGGUGGAAGGUGGACAGAGAAUUGCUACCGACAAUUCGGGGAGGGAAAUGACGAUUGGCAGCUGGAACAGGCCCUAUGCAGGAUAGACUUGACAACGGAAGGGGUCGAUUGGGGUUUGACGUAUGAGACGCACCCCAAUUACGAGCGGUUGGACGGAUACUCCUUCGUGGUAGACUCAAGCCACGGAGGGAGAAUGGCUUGGGAAAUGGGGUGGCGCGAAUUGGGUACCGUCGUACCUAAAGCGGACCGGUGGGGAUGGGGUCUGCAGGUGCGGAUCAAGGACUUUAGGAAGAAAAAACUAAGGACGUUAGUGCUACCGGUGGGAUUAGUGCGCACUAUGACAGGAAACACGUACGGUGACGGUACCAUAAUAUACAGAGGCGUCAGGGAUGGUCCUACCACAGGCAUCCAGCAGCACUAUCUGGGCAGGUUGAUGGGGAUAGAUGGUGACGCUUUUGAAACAAGAGAGGAUAUGUUAAAAGGGACGGCUGCCCGUAGCGCCCGCGGGAGGCAGGAACAAGGAAAUGACGCAGGAGGAGCGGAUCAUCUGGCUGGAGCGGGAGCUGGAGGAGGCGCGACUCGCGAGGGGAGCGAAAGACAGAGCUGCAGCGAAUCCAAGCGAUCUGGACAGCACGGUCAACGAGGAGAAAAAGAGGGACGUGCUACUAAAGAGGAGUCCAGAUAUGACAACGCCUUCAGGAGUUGUAGAGGCUGUGGUCAGCCGGCCGGAUGGCGUGGACGAGCAUGGGAAGAAGGAGGAACAGUCCACCUUCAGUGCAGCUGCACAGAGGAGAGCAGAAUAGAAUGGAAGGAGCCAGCAUCAAUAUGGCCGGAAUGGGUAUGGUCACCAGCCCUCUUUAAAUAGAGAAAGGGGAGAAGAUAGCCGAACAACAAUUAGAGAUGGGAAUUGACAUGGACUGCGGAUGUGGGCAUAGGGCAUGGAACGCGGAAUAUGACGAGUUUGCCCUUAAGAAUGUCAAAAUGUAUAUCAACUGUAGGAAGGAGUGCAUGGGGUGUAAGCUUGGGAGGGGCAUGCUGGAGGACGGAGUCCACAUGCUUGUAAGAACAGCCUACCCCCGUAGAGGGGAGGUGUUAUAGCCCUGUGAAAGGGCUAAAUUCCUUGCCAUUUGUCGCUUUUUUUAAUUCGCGCUUGGUAACAGCCAACGAGCAUCAAAUUGUGAUGACCCAUCAGUUCGACACCUCAGGCCGUGGGACCGAUAUGCGUUCGAAAUGCGGCGCGUGUCAAAAUGACGACUAAGCAUUUCGACGAUAUUAAGGUAUUCCGAAAGACCGUCAAAGACCGGGACACGUGGAAAUCAUUCAAGGUGAAUUGAUUGCUGACUUCUAGCAUUUAGGCUAUAAAGCCUGGGGGUCGGCCCCCGCACUCCAGUUUUGAUUGUGGAUUCUUAACCCGCGACUCUGCCCGAGUCCUCAUCGGUUUCAAAGCAUCGUUCAGCUGUUUCCCUGAAUCGAAGGAUUCUUAAACGGCUUACCCGAGGGA